AUGUAUGGCAGAAGACCUAAGCUCUCUUUGAAGAAUGCUCACAUUCUCGUUACAGGUGGCUCUAGUGGAAUUGGCAAAUCUGUAGCCAUCUAUGCUGCUUCCAAAGGAGCAAGUGUAUCACUGUUUGCAAGAAACCAGGAAAAACUAGCAGCAACAGCUAAUGAAAUCAAAAGUCAUUUUAUCAACAAAGACCAGAAAGUGACUUAUGCUUCUGUCGACUUGACUGGAAAGUUUGAAGAUGCUAAUGCAGCUGUGGAAAAGGUUAUCAAAGAACAAAAAAAAAAUGUUGAUAUUCUGGUGAAUUGUGCUGGUAAUUCUUUGAGUGCCCAAUUUGAAGAUACAAAAAUUACAGAUUUCAAGUUUAUGAUGGAUGUGAACUAUUUCUCUGCUGUCUUUGCUACCCAAGCUGUAGUGAAAACCAUGAAAAAGAAUGGCCAGGGAUCCAUUGUGUUUGUCUCUUCCCAGGCUGGUCAGUUGAGUUUCUAUGGCUACUCUGCCUAUUCUGCCUCCAAGUUUGCCUUGCGUGGAUUAGCAGAAGCCUUAUGCAGUGAGUUGAAACCAUAUAACAUCAGUGUGACACUGGCUUUUCCACCAGAUACUGAUACACCUGGCUUUGCUGAAGAACAAAAGUCUAAACCUAAAGAAACUAAAUUGAUAUCAGAAGCAGGUGGUCUAGUCAACCCCAAUGUUGUGGCAAAAAAGAUUGUGGACUCUGCACUGAAACGAUCAUUUCAGUGUUCAGUGGGAUUAGAUGGAUUUCUCUUGGCAACUCUGACAGCAGGAAUGGUUCCUGUUUCCACAGCCUUGGAAGCAUUUCUACAAAUUUUCCUGAUGGGUCCAUUCCAUUAG